GAUAAUUUGUAGGACGUAAAGAAAAUUUAGUCACGGGAUCUUCGAAAUUGGGAGGCAUUUAUGCAAAGCCAGGUUUUUCUUUUUAUGAUUUCUAUAGGCUAUGUUAGGAAAUAGGCGAUUGUUAAGCAACGGAAUAGUUAUUUUAAUGGUAUGAUACACCAUUACAAACAAAGGCAACUGCAACGUUCUAUGGGUGGCAUGGCCGCAGAAAAGGUCUUUCUGGCGGUCGAAUGUAACCGCUGCAUCAAUUGCUAUCUGAAACCGAUUUUCAAAUUUCUUCGUUGUUUUGGCCUCUCCGGCGUGGUUCCCACCUCCUCUUGCGGAACCCCUACCCUUUCCGGUUCCUGGAGGGAUAUCGGUUUGGUCUUCGCCCUAUGGGCUUGGUUUUCCUAUCUCUUGACUUUGUGGCUAGUUGCAUACUUCUAUUCCGUGGGUGACGAUUUCUUAAUUAUCGUCGUCAUCAGAGAGAUAUUCCACGAGGAAUAUUUGACUAUUCUUUUAAUGAUUACGGUCAUUGUAUUCUUUGCAUCCCUCUUAACGUCCCUAUUCAAUUAUUCGGGAAGUAGAGAUGCCGUAACUGCUAAAUUUUGCCAGUUAUGGAAGGACGCCAACCAAUCGAUGUACUACAGUAACAUAGGGGAGAAUAUUAUACAUACCCAAAAAUGGCUCCUGUAUUUUUGGUUGCCUUCGUUUAUCUGUUUUGAACUUUCCGUAUACUUGAAUUCGGUCUUCGAAACAUAUUUGAAACUAUGGCCGAAAAUUACUUUCGUCGACAGAUUGAAUUUGCUGGUUAUCAGUGUGUUCGCCCUGUUAGUGUUCCUCGUUUACCUGAACACUUUCUUGUAUUUUUACUUAACGUGCAAAUUACUGAAACUGAAAUUUAACGAAGUCGUCGAAGAACUUCGUUCCAUGUCGGAAAAACCCGAAGGAUCCGUACACAUCAAAAAAGUACACGCUAAACAUCAUAAAAUAUGCAAAAUCGUCGAAGCGGUCGAUAAAUUCCAUUGCAAGUAUAUCUUUCUGGUGUACCUCAUCUCUCUCCCGUCUUUGUGCAUCAUUUUGCAUCAGUUAUACCUGGCCAUUCAGAAGAACUACAGUUCGGCGGGUACGCACGCUGGAAUUUGCGUAACUCUUGUAUUAUCCAUACUCUCAGUUACGCUGGCAUCCGGUUCCGUUUCAUCGGCAGCACUCAGACCGAAGGAAAUUCUGCAUAACUUUUCCAUCUUAUCCUUACCGAGUACAGCGAGACUGGAGUUGAAUAUAUUUUUGGAAAGACUCAACGGUCCCACAAUUGGAUUCACGUGUUUAGACUUCUUUGUCGUUACCAAAGGGACUCUUUCUAGUAUCGCAAGUGUCCUGGUUACUUACCUCUUGAUGUAUUUGCAAUUUAACCAGUCGAGAAAAUCUCAGAAUUAGUUUUUCAAAUUCUUAAUUAUUGAUUGAAUUUUGCUUUUUUAGAACCUCGAUUUGUGAAAAACGAAAUUAAAAAUUACGAUUUUUU